AUGACGGUUCUGCUAAAGGCGACCCCUGAAGCAGCGGCCCACCACCUGAGCUAUGCAAACAAUGCAGCGACCAGUCUCCAGCUUACGGUUUACCGUUUCCAGCUCCCGGCUUACAGUUUCCAGUUUCCGGUUCCGAACCAUGACUCUUUACGGUUGCAUCGAUUGGGCAUCUUUACUUCAUGCUGGUUUGCUCUUGGUGUGGUAAUACACGGCGAACCAACUACAGGUUCAACUCGGGCUGCUUCUUCUACUGUUUGA